UCGUCGUCUUCGUCGUCGUCAUCGUCGUCCCGUACCGGAUUCGUUCGCUCUCAUUACGUUCGAUUCGUUGGUCCGCGAUAGACGUCGCGACGCCGCCGCUACUCUCGCGCUCGAUCCGCCGCCCUUCGCCUCCUGCCUUCCGCCUUCUGCCCGCUGCUCUCCGCUCUCGGUGCUCUCCGCUCGUCGCCCGACGACGCGACGACCUGCGUCUGGGUUUUGGGUCCAUCGACGGCUCGCAACUUUGCCUUACCUCGCCAUGACAGAUUAUCCGAGCGACGAGAUGUCGGCGACCGCGCCGGAAUUAACGGUGAGGCGACCGGUCUAUCGUCAGGACGAGCUGAAUCAUUUGUUCAGAUACGUCAAGCCGAAGGAAACUCUUUUGCGGAGCAUCUCCGCGAGAUGCAAGAAGGUGCAGCCGCUGCUGGCUCUGAGGAAUGCCGUGCCUCUGAUCGGCUGGCUGUCCAACUACGAUUGGAAGAACGACAUCCUGGGCGACGUCGUCGCUGGAAUCACCGUCGCGGUGAUGCACAUACCUCAAGGAAUGGCGUACGCGAUCCUGGGCAACGUGCCGCCGAUAGUCGGCAUCUACAUGGCCUUCUUCCCCGUCCUCGUUUACUUCUUCCUCGGCACGUCCAGGCACAAUUCCAUGGGCACGUUUGCGCUGAUCUGCAUGAUGACCGGAAAAGUGGUGACGACUUACAGCUCGCAGACCGACGGCCCCGGCCCCGGCCUCGGCCUCGGCCUCGUCCUCGGCAACGGGACCGGAGCGAACGAGCCGCCGAACCCCGUCGCCGAUCAAUAUUCACCGGUGCAAGUCGCGACCGCGGUCACGUUCACCGUCGCCGUCGUACAGAUAGGGAUGUACGCGUUGCGGCUGGGGAUCAUCGCCACCCUUCUCUCGGACAGCCUCGUCAGCGGAUUCACCACCGCCGCCGCCAUUCACGUUUUCACGUCGCAGGUCAAGGAUUUGCUGGGUCUGAAGGGCCUGCCCAAAAGAAAGGGACCCUUCAAAGUGAUCCUGACUUACGUGGACGUUUUGAAAAACAUCAACGGCGUCAACCCGAUCGCCGUCGCGCUCUCCUCGGUGACGAUCGUCGUUCUCGUCGUCAACAACGUUCUAAAGCCGAGAGUCGCCAAACUGAGCCCGUUCCCGAUUCCCAUAGAGAUGCUGGCGGUCGUGAUCGGCACGGUGCUCGCGGUAUACGCGAACCUCGAGGAGGCUUACGGCGUCGCGACGGUGGGCCACAUACCAGUCGGCUUGCCGGCACCGACGUUGCCGCCGCUGGCCCUGGUGCCGAACAUCCUGAUCGACAGUUUCGUGAUCACGAUGGUGUCCUACACCGUUUCGAUGUCCAUGGCGCUCAUCUUCGCGCAGAAGUGCGGCUACGAGGUGGACUCGAACCAGGAACUGGCCGCGCAGGGCAUCGGUAAUUUAGUCGGCUCCUUCUUCUCCUGCAUGCCUUUCACCGCCUCGCUCUCCAGAUCCUUGAUCCAGCAGACCGUCGGAGGACGCACUCAACUGGCCAGCUUGAUCUCCUGCUGCAUAUUGGUCAGCGUUCUCCUCUGGAUCGGCCCCUUCUUCGAGCCUCUGCCUCGGUGCGUUCUAGCCAGCAUAAUCGUGGUAGCUCUGAAGGGCAUGCUGACGAAGGUGACGGAAUUCAAGAGGUUCUGGAAGCUGGAGAGAUCGGACGGCGUAAUCUGGGCGGUGACCUUCGCCACCGUGGUCCUGCUGGACGUCGAGUACGGGCUGUUGGUCGGCAUCGUCCUCUGCGUGGGCAAGCUGAUUCUGUUCGCGGUGCAUCCCUACACCUGCACGCUCGCUCCGGUACCCGGCACCGAGCUCUAUCUGGACACCAAGAGAUACAAAGGCACCGUCGAGCUGCCGCGGAUCAAGAUCUUCCACUACUCCGGAAGUCUGAACUUCGCCUGCAGACAACACUUUCGCAACACGGUGUACAAAGUUACCGGCCUAACGCCGCGGAAGGAGCCGGACGCGAGCUUCAGGCACGACGAACUCAAGGAUAUCGAAAGGUUACGCACCCUGAUAUUGGAUUUCACGGCGGUGAGUCGCAUGGAUCCGGCGGCUGCAACGACCCUCGGAAAUUUGAUCGACGAGUACUCCGAUGCGGACGUGUUCGUGUACGUAGCCGGCUGUUCCGGUCCUGUGUACGAGAUGAUGAGAAAGUGCAACCUGACGGAAUGCAGGGGCGGAUUGUUCGCAGUGUUUCCCACUGUUGCGGACGCGGUGAAUUUUGCGAGAUCCACCAACGAGCCCGCGUGGAGCUCGCCCGUGUACGAAGAUUCUGCCAUCGCGAGAUUAUGAUCCUGUAUUCGGUACAACUAUGCGCCGACUUCUCUCGAUCUUUUUAGUAAUCGGUGACACGAUCUCGAUUGUUAUCGGACUUUGGAUCUUUGCACGGAUUUCGAUCGUUUCCGUUGAACGCGAACCUGCGUAAAAUCUGUUACACCUAUUUACGUGCUUGUUUCGCGUUACCUAUUUUGCGCACGUGACAUCGUUUCGUUUCGGAUAUGUAAAUUUUUGGUAAAUCUACUCGAUCGUCGACUGCUUUGGCAUUAAUUUAAAAAGAGAUCGUGAAAUUGGUAGCUAUGUACAUUCUUUUAUACAUAUUUUGUUGUAAAUACUCCGGUACUUCUGUUAACCGUACUUGUAAGAGAAAUAGUUCGUACGAAAGACUCGACGAAGCUGAUCUCGAAAGAUAUAUUUCCAUUGCAAAAAUAUUUUAACUCGGUUUCGUUCCAGAUUCCGAGCAUGCAAAAAAACUCGUGUCACUCGUGUCAAGGUUUUUCGAAUCGUUAUCGCUCGUUGUACGUUGCUACGAAAUGCGAAUGUCCGAUAUCGUUCUAUGCCGUCGCUAUAAGUGAAUUUUCGAUCCUGUGACAUCACAAGAUUGCUUUAUCGUAACAGUAUCGAUACUCGACGUUGUACGUAAUAUUUUACAUAAUAUACAAUUGUAAACUUAA